CGUGCGCUCCAGAUCUACAGUAACCGUCAGCAGAGAUAGCAGACAGCAGGCACGUCCUUGCGCUCAGGCUAACUCGCUCUCGGUUUCGGUUCGGAAUGGACUCUCGCUCGGGCAUCCGUAGAUCCAAGACGCUCAACUUUAAGAGUGCUCUGACGCUGUGGCUAGUGUUGUGGUUGGUGAUGUGUCGGUGUGCACCGGGGGAAGCAUGUCCAAAGCUGUGUGUGUGCUACCCGUCGCCCAUGACGGUCAGCUGCCAAUCACAGAACUUCACAUCGGUCCCCAUCGGUGUUCCGUACGACUCUCAGCGCGUCUUUCUGCAGAACAACCACAUCACAGAGCUCCGCGCUGACUCCUUUGGCUUUGAGACACAGGUGCUGUGGCUCUACUCCAAUAAUAUCACGUGGAUCGAGGGAGGUGCGUUCAGCUCGCUGCGCGUGCUUGAGGAGCUGGACUUGGGCGACAACCCGGGGCUGCAGCAUCUGGACGGCGGCGCGUUCCGAGGCCUGGAGCGUCUGCAGAGCCUGCACAUGCACCGCUGCCGACUGGCCACGCUCCCCGCUGACCUCUUCCUCAAGCUCUACAGCCUGCAGUUCCUCUACCUGCAGGAGAACCUGCUGACGCACCUGGCCGACGGCCUCUUCUCCGACCUGGUCAACUUGACCCACCUGUUCCUGCACGGCAACCGCAUCCGCGUGCUGGGUGAAAACGCCUUCCGCGGCCUGGUCAACCUGGACCGGCUGCUCGUCCACGACAACAAGGUCCGGCAGGUGCAUCGGCGGGCAUUCCGCGACCUGGGCCGCCUGACCAUCCUGUACCUGUUCAACAACUCGCUGGCCGAGCUGCCGGGCCAGGCGCUGAAGGACGCGGGCUCGCUCCAGUUCCUGCGGCUCAACGCCAACCCCUGGGCCUGCGGCUGCGAGGCGCGCGCCCUCUGGGACUGGUUCCGUCAGGCGCGCAUCUCCAGCUCCGACCUGAUGUGCAGCAGCCCCGCCCAGCGCCGCGGCCAGGACCUGCGCUUCCUGCGCGAGAUGGACUUCGCCCUGUGCCCGCUCCCCGACCCAGGCUCCCUGGCCGGCACCACCACCACCACCUUCAGCACCAAGACCCGCUGGUGGUUCUCCAAGCACAAGCCCGCCAAGACCGCCGGCAAGAGCGCCACCGCUACCGCGUCCGGCAAGGCCAUGCUGCAGAAGAGCACCGAGAAGAGUGUCCGCCCGUUCCCCUUCAACUCCGUCAAGCCCCACAACCCCUCAUCUUCCUCCUCCUCCUCCUCCUCCUCGUCUCCACAGUACUCUCUGUCCCCAGAGGAGGUGGCCUUGCCCAAGCUGGAGCCGGAGGAAUACUGGGCCAACUACGGCAGCGAAGACGCCGCCUCCAUCCGCUGCUUCGAGACGGACUGCUACGACAACCCCACUCUGUCCUCCUCGUCCUCCGCCCCCUCCCCUGCUCUCUCCCCCCGCUCUCUUCUCCUCUCCUCCAUCUCCUGUGCUCUGGUGCUCACGCUGCACCUCCUCUUCGGCUGAAGGGGGCGCUCUCGUCCAUCUCUUUGGUCCCUGGGUCUCUUUGGCCUUCCCCUUGGGGGCUCUGCCUCCUGCCUACGCUUGGCCUCUGGGCUUUAGAAGGCUGCUGUGUUGUUAACAGAUGCAUGUGCAUUCAGUAAUACUCAGUAACAUGCACAGACACACACGCAUUGAUAUACACAUACAGAUAAACAUGCACAC